GCCGCUCAGCCUGCUCGUGACGUCACUCUCUCCUUUAUUUCCGGUCUCCGGUCUCUCAGAAAGGAAAAUGGCGGCUUUCGGACGCUUCUCGCAGGCACUGCUGAGGUCCUCUUUGACCCAAACUCGGCGUCAGCUUUCUGCUGCUGCUGCUUCCGGGCAUGGCGAGCAGUCAGCUAAAACCUGGAAGAUCCUCAGCUUUGUGGUUGCCCUGCCUGGUGUUGCGGUGUGCAUGCUGAACAUGUACUUGAAGGAGCAGCAGCACAGCCACGAGCAGCCAGAGUUUGUCCCGUACACCCACCUUCGUAUUCGCUCCAAGCGUUUCCCCUGGGGAGAUGGAACCAAAACUCUCUUCCACAACCCACAUUUGAAUGCCCUUCCUGAUGGCUAUGAGGGACAUGAUGAAUAAACCCUCCAGACCUCAUAACUGACUCAAGUCCUCAGCAGCCUGUUACUGGACCACACUCCUUUUGACAGUUUACUCACUUUGGUCUUAUUGAGUUUACCUCUGUGCCCUCAACAUUGGGCACCUGAAAAACAAUUCCAUAUCAUUGGAUCAUUAAACAAAAUGUCUGCUUAAACUAAAUUAACAUAAAUAAACUGUUAUUACAUCUUAAUGUUUCACUUGAGACAUUUUACUUUUAUUCUUUUCAUGGGUAUUUUUCCAUUAUGUGUCAUUUGUGUUUUCAGAGUAUGAAAACACACAUUUAUAAUUUGUAUUGAUUAUUCCCUCUUUUGAUUACAAGUUGCGGGUUUCUUAUGAAUGUAACUGAACCUGAUCGCUUAUUGCUGGUCUCUGGCGCCAAUCUCCCAUGUGGUCACCGCUGUAUUCUGCAUAGACAGAGGAUAUCAUCUUAAAGUAAAAUAACUGCUCUCUUCACACAUCAUUCUUCACAAGUUCAAGUUAAGUACCUUCAUAGACACAUUUAAAAGGUGUUCUGUUCCAGAGUUAGUGUGAAGGUGAUGUUUUCUGUUAACUCUGCAGUUAACAGAAAAUAAGGCGGAAUGUUUGUUUUUCCUCUGCUUGUGAACAAACUGUCUGCUGCGAAACCUGGACGAAAAUUGUCAGUUUUAAUCUCAAAUUUAAAUAUAUUUAACACAGUUCCAUUUUAUGCAGACUGGUCAAUACUUUUAAAAUAAUUGCUAAGUUCUGUGUAUGUAAUUAACCUUCUCUGCCAGCAUUGAGCUUAAUAAUUUCCUUAAAAUUGGCAGAAAUGAGUAUGAUCCUCAACAUAACUGUAGUAGCCAUAAUGGAAACAGAUUAUCCAACUUAAUAUUACAUGCUUAAGCAGAGUUUUUAAAGGCCUGCAAUCAGUUUCUGUACCCAAAUGACAUUUUCUAUUUAAACUGC